AUGAAUUCAAAUAAAACUAUAACUUUAAUUAAGAAAGAUGAAUAUGAAGAUAAUGAUUUAUUUCCCAUUAUACAUAAUAAAGAUAGAAAUUUAAUAUUGAUAAGACAUAAACAUCAUAUCUAUUUGAUUAGACAAUUAAAAGAUGGCACAUUUAAUAUUUGUACAUCAUUAGAUUGUUAAACUCAUAAAUCUAAUGGAACUAUGACCAAUAAUGAAUAAUAUUUAGUAUUUUUGGAUAAUAAAUAUGAAAAAUAUUCAUCAUAUGAGAUAUUAUAUAAGUGA